UCACGGCGGCGCGAGGCUGGGCCGGGCGGGGCGGGGCCGCCGCUCCACCGGCCGAUCCGGGCUCUGCGGCUGACGCCGCGGCCGCGGCCAAUCCGCUGCGGCGCCGGGCCGGGCCGGGCCUGGCUCCGCCCCCGGCGGCUGUCCACAGGGACGGGCCGGAGCGGCCGCCGCUGCCGCGGGUGUGCGGGCUGAGUCAGCGCCCCCUCCCCCGCCGAAGAUGAACAUCAUGGACUUCAAUGUGAAGAAGCUGGCGGCCGACGCGGGCACCUUCCUGAGCCGCGCCGUGCAGUUCACAGAAGAAAAGCUUGGUCAAGCAGAGAAGACUGAACUGGAUGCUCACCUGGAGAACCUUCUCAGCAAAGCAGAAUGCACUAAAUUGUGGACAGAAAAAAUAAUGAAACAAACAGAAGUAUUAUUGCAGCCAAAUCCAAAUGCCAGAAUAGAAGAAUUUGUCUAUGAGAAACUGGACCGCAAAGCACCAAGUCGCAUGAAUAAUCCAGAGUUACUAGGCCAGUAUAUGAUUGAUGCUGGGAAUGAAUUUGGCCCUGGAACAGCCUAUGGAAAUGCACUCAUUAAAUGUGGAGAAACACAAAAGCGAAUUGGGACAGCAGACAGAGAACUGAUUCAAACUUCUGCUAUAAACUUUCUCACUCCCCUAAGAAACUUUAUUGAAGGAGACUACAAAACUAUUACUAAAGAACGUAAGCUGUUACAGAAUAAAAGACUGGAUUUGGAUGCAGCAAAAACCAGAUUGAAGAAGGCAAAAGUUGCAGAAGCUCGAGCUGCACAACUAAACACCUCUCAGCCUGAAGAGAAUAACAUUAUGGUAAAUGUCUCUUACGUGCUCAACUUGCUGCAUGUAAAAUGGCUAAAGAUAUGGGCUGAGGAAGUGACAAAAUCUGAACAGGAAGUACGGAUUACCCAGAGUGAAUUUGACCGUCAGGCAGAGAUUACCAGACUUCUGCUGGAGGGAAUCAGCAGCACGCAUGCACAUCAUCUUCGCUGUCUGAAUGAUUUUGUUGAAGCUCAGAUGACCUACUAUGCACAAUGUUACCAAUAUAUGUUGGAUCUCCAGAAACAACUUGGAAGCUUUCCAUCUACUUUCCUCUCUAACAAUAAUCAGUCUUCCUCGACUCCUGUGCAGAGUGUUUCUCCUCCCUCAGUCUUGGCCUCAGCCUCUGCUUCAUUGCCUUCAGUAACCAAUUCCAUAGUUACUUCAGGCAUCAGUGAACUGAAGUCAUCAAGCGGCAGCAGGAAAGCGAGAGUUCUCUAUGAUUACGAUGCUGCAAACAGCAGUGAAUUAUCAUUACUUGCAGAUGAGGUGAUAACAGUGUACAGUAUCCCCGGCAUGGAUUCAGACUGGCUGAUGGGCGAAAGGGGAAAUCAGAAAGGCAAAGUGCCUAUUACUUAUUUAGAAUUGUUAAACUAAAUGGUUGGCCUGAAUAAAGACUGUCAAUUAUGGCAAUGCCGUAUUUAUAUACAAUUAACGUUAUGUAAGCAGGUUUAAGUGUCUUCCAUGUUAUUGUCUUGAGGGACAAAUACCAGCCAUUACAAACUGGCUUUUCUGCCAGCAUGGUUGCAUGGUAAAUAUAUAUUCAAACUUAAUGUGUUUAAAGCUUUUACUUCAUGUGCCAAGAACAAGUUUCCUACAGAUCUGUUUCUACUGAAGUUUUCACUAAUACAAGCUUCUACUUUUGAGUAACCUAGAUUGAAAGCAGGAGGUACUGUUUUCUACUGAAAUUUUUCAUUAAUGGCAAAGCUUUUCUUCACAUAAAAUAAACUUAUUGUGAACUGA